AUGUCUUUGAUUUCAAGAGCCGCAUUAGUCGUUUUGUGUUGCAUGUUCAUGUUGUUGAUUCCAUCUCUUACUACGGCAGCAACGGAUCAAGGACUUCAUGCAAGAUGUGAAUCUCACAGCUUCAGAAACGGAAAAAUCUUCAGCUCUUGCACGGAUCUUCCGGUGUUAGACUCGUUUCUACACUUCAGCUAUGUUCGAGAAACCGGAGCUCUUGAUGUUGCUUAUCGUCACGCCAAUCUAGAGUCAUCUAGUUGGAUCGCUUGGGCCAUAAACCCGACCAAAAAAGGCAUGUUAGGUGCUCAAGCUCUUGUGGCGUACCGUAACUCUACUUCUGGUUUUAUGCGUGCGUAUACUUCCUCCAUUAGUGACUACUCUACUAUGCUUCAAGAAUCUCCUCUUAGCUUCCGCGUGACGCAUGUAUCUUCUGAAUAUAUCGAUGGAGAGAUGACUAUAUAUGCAACUUUAUUCUUGCCUCUUAAUACAACCGUUGUGAAUCACUUAUGGCAAGACGGCCCCUUGAAGGAAGGAGACAGACUUGGAAUGCACGCAAUGAGUGGAGAUCAUCUCAGAGCUAUGGCUUCUUUGGAUUUGCUUUCCGGACAAGUCACAGCGACAAAAUCAGUUGAGGGAAACAUGUUGUUGGUAAAGCAAAUCCAUGGAAUUGUAAACACAGUGAGUUGGGGAAUUCUCAUGCCAAUCGGAGUUUUGGCUGCAAGAUACAUGAAGACUUACGAAGUAUUAGAUCCCACAUGGUUCUACAUACACGUAGUUUGCCAAAGCACCGGUUAUUUUGCUGGUUUAAUUGGAGGAUUAGGAACGGCAAUCUACAUGGCGAAACAUACUGGGAUGAGGACUACCAUGCAUACCGUCAUAGGGUUGCUUCUAUUUGUUUUAGGGUUCUUACAGAUACUUGCGCUCCAAGCUAGACCAGACAAGGAUCAUAGGUACAGAAAAUAUUGGAACUGGUAUCAUCACACUGUGGGAUACAUAGUAAUUGUGCUAAGCGUCUACAACAUUUACAAAGGCUUGUCUAUUUUACAACCUGGAAGCGGCUGGAAGAUCGCCUAUACGACUAUCCUUUGUGCAAUUGCAGCACUUGCGAUUGUAAUGGAGAUUUUGCAGUUCGAAAAGAGAUGGGGUAGCUUGUUUCGCAAGAAAACUAAAGAUCUAGAAGCCGAUCCAACUACUUCAGUUGGUGUGAUCGGAGAGAAGGAUAAGGCGGUGGAAAAAGCGAGCGGCGGAUAUGAAAUUCAGAUUGAAAACUAUAAAAUAACGAAGAACAUCAUAUUCCCCUCAGGUUGAUUUGUUUCUUAUCCACAUACUUCUCCGCCGCUUCGAGCCUUCCAAUCCACUAUACCCUCCGCCGCAGAAUCGCCUUCCUGCACCGCCGCCUUAACGUUUCAGAACGGUCUGUAUCUUAUAUAG